AUGGAGAAUUUCGAUUCAGAAAAAGUUGAAAAACCGACUGCCGAAGUAUCGUCCGGUCAAAGUGAGGAAGACGACCUCUUUGCCGAAGUGGACAUCGACGGAUCCAACGAGAAUGACGACUUAACGGCGAAAUCAAGCAGUUUUCUACGGCAGUUAAACCAAUCCUUACAUACAAUGGUUGGCUCGAUCAUGGAAAAAUCGCUAAAACGUCUCCACGAAGACAAGACACCUCCGGCGAAACGAAAGAAACCUCGCCUGGCUACAGAGACAACUGGACCUGAGGAAGUAGAAGAAAACCAGAGCAGCGACGAAGAUACACGGGCACUUUGUGGCCCAUCAAAUGCCGACUCGGCAGAAAGCUCUCAAACCACAAACGCUCGACUCGAGCAAGACACUGACAAUUGCAAUGACUCAUUGCUGUCAGAAAUUGAAAAUGGUUUCUCUCAGGAGGACGAUAUGGGCCCGGCUAUCACAGAGAAACUCGCUACCAUAAUCAAUAAGCGUUGGUCUGAAAAACUGAGCGAUCAAAAGCUGAAAGAAAAGCGGGAUCAACAUCCCCGCCCAGACAACUGUGACAGACUUGUGGCGCCACGCAUUAACCCAGAAAUCUGGGCGAGAAUAGACCACACUGCAAAACAGUUGGACCUUCGCGCCAGCACAAACCAAGCUAAUCUGGCCAAAGCUGGAGUUGUCCUGGCAAAAUCAACCGACAAACUUUUGUCACUUUAUCAAAAAGACUCGAAGCCCGAGUACCGAGAGCUUAUCACACUCAACACAGACGCCCUUGCUCUGCUGGGACACGCGUCGUGUGAAAUGUCACAACGAAGGCGGGAAACGCUAAAACCGCAUCUUAACAAAGAAUACACGACGCUUUGCGCCUCGCAUGUUCCAGUUACAUCCCUCCUAUUUGGGGAUGACCUACAGGGUCAACUAACAAAUAUACGAGCUACAAACAAAGUUAGCAACACAAUCAGCGAUGCGAGAAAACAAUAUAAAAAUACACAACAAUGGCGACCACGAUCAGAUUACGACAAGAAGCAUUUUUUAUCCAAGGGCCCCAGACAGCGCCAAAAACCGCCUCCACCAAGGAAACCAAACCAGUGGAAUCGAAACCGAAAAAAUCAGUAA